AUGGCACCGUCAAAUGCGUCGCCGCUCAAAAAGGAAGCAAAUCCUAGUCGUUUGCUCUGGCUCAUUCUCAUUGCUGUCGGAUUAAUUGUCUUCUGCUCUGUCGUUAUUGGUUUUCUACUUCUUCGCCCGCAGUCUGCGCAUGAAUUCACGGCAUCUCAUUUGGAUAACAUCGAUCAGCUCAAUACUACAAAGUCUUUACCAACUAGCAUAAAAACCAGCACUCCAUCUAGUACUACGACGAAGAGCUCCACUACCACUGGAACAUCCUCAUCAACGUCCACUACGGUUUCUGCCACUACAGGAAGUUCUACAACAACAAAAGAAAUAGAAACAACUACAGAGGGUAUAAGUUCCACCACAACAGCCGAAGAAAUCACAACUGAGAAGGCUUUUGAAGUUUCUUUACCAGUAGACACAGAAGAAAUUGUUGGAAAAGAGCAAUUGGAAGUCGUUAACAAGUGCUCAUCAAUCCAAGCAACGUCUGUUCAAUGUUCUGCAUCUAAAGACAGCAUUGUCAGUCAAUCAGCUGAUGCCUUCAAGGUUCUUCACUAUAAAUGGAAUGUUAGUAUUCUUGCCAUUCAACCAACACAGUUGCAAGCAUCAACUCAAAUCUUCAUCCAAACAAAAACAGAAGGAAAACAAAUUUCUCUGAAUGCUGCUCAAACUCUUUAUGGAUUAGAAGAUGGAUUAACAAUUGUUGAUUGUGAGACCGGAAAAACACUUUGUGUAGCCAAGACUGUUGUUGAACCACGUGAAGAAGUUGUUAACUUUGUUCUAUCGGAAACUGUACCUGCUGGUCAUCAUUUACGUCUCAGCUUCAACAAAUAUGCUGUGUCAAAUGCUCGUGAAGUAUUGUAUACUCUUACACCUCCAAGAUGGCAUCGUGAAGCUCCUACCAUGCUCGGAACUGUUUUUGGUACUUCCUCAGCCCGAAAACUUCUACCUUCUUUCGAUAACUCCAUCCAUAAGGCUCCAAUGGACUUAUGCGUGACACACGCCAUCGGCUCCGAAAUCCGCUCUAAUUCUGAAGUUUCAUUCACUGAUGGCAAAUUGACAUGUUUCGAAACAACUGUCCCUUUAACACCUCAGCAAUAUGCAUUCUCCUACUCGGAACGAGCAAAAACCAUUCUGACAAACUCAACCAGCUUAGAUGGUAGUUACAUUCCCUCUGUUGAGAUAGCUUUCUCUCUUACCAAGAAUUUCAAGCGUGAAAAGCAUGACUGGAUUUAUAACGAAGCUACUAAGGUUAUUGCUGUACUGUCUAACUGGACUCAAUUUUCUUAUCCUUUCUCCAAGCUCAGCUUGAUUUCUGUUCCAAUCACUUUACCUGCUCAUUCCGCUCUUGGAAUUAUUUCUCUUCAAGAUCGUCUGAUUGAAUACCCAUCUUAUACUAUGGCUCACGAGUCUCUCAUGCGUUCUGUUAUUGGACAAUGGCUUGGAGGAAUUGUCAGCACAGCCGAUGAAGAUUUCUGUUUCCAGGAUGCUCUUACAACUUACUUGGAAUGGAAGCUCAACGAACAGCUGCAAUUUGUCAAUCGCUCUCGCUCGGUAGAAGUCACAGCUCUUAGACCAAGGGAUUUGACCAGAGAUGAAGAUAGAGUUGGGCGCCGUGCUUUGUAUCCGAAUAGCCUCAAAUGUCAGCAACGUCUUGUAUCCGUUUUCUAUAGUUUAGAUGAAAUCUAUGGCCAAGACACUGUGACCGGAAUGAUCAAAGAGGUUAUUAAACAGAGAGCAUUCAGCACUGCUACUCUUGAAGAUUGGAAACAGGCUGUUCAACAUAGCUCUGCUUCUGAAGAUGCAGGAAAAAUGAUGGUUGAAUGGUUUACAAGACGCACACGACCAGUUCUUCAAGCUCAUGUUACCUCUACAUACAUAAACAUCCGUCAACUGACUGAACAACCAUGGACUGUACCCGUAGAAAUUGUUGGAUCUUCUGGAUUACAAUUAGUUACCGUACUGGAAGCCGAACAGCAGAUUCCAUUCAGAUCAAAUGAUUACGUCAUUCUCGAUCCUGCUCGUAAAUCGACAGCUUUCAUUCUUUAUGACGUUGCAUCUUACCUCCGUCUCGUACGAUGCUGGGAAGCUACGUCUUGCCCUGCCAACCGACCAGCUCUCAAAGGAAUUUUCCACGAUUUUGGAGCAGCUCUUUUGGCUAACCAUAUCCCAACUCCACAACCAGGAGAAUUACAAAGUUGGAAACAAGUAUUGAAAUUUAUGACAACUCAUGAUCUUGCUGACGGUGAUGUUUCAUGUUGCGUGGUCAAUGGACUUAAAGAAGAAACCAAGCCAGAUUGCACUUGGGUUGUCCGAGAUACGUGUGAAAAAUUGAAUCUGAUUAAGGCACUUCAUGUUUGA